CCCUGAAAAAAAAAUCCCGCCGGAUCCGACCGCCACUUUCAACCCCCCCACCCCCCGCGCCGUUCUAGAACCGCGGGAGCUUCCGUCCCUGAGUAGAAUUCGAGGGUGUUAAAGAAGAGGAAGGGGAAAAAAAACCUUGUACCAGCCCAGGGGUGAAGAAGCCCCCGGCCUGAGAAAGAAGGAAGGAGUGGGGGAGGCGAACGGUCUCGUUGCUGCCUCUGUGUACGCUGAGGGGGGAGGAAUUGUCUUUCUUAGAGGAAGCAAACUAUCAUCUUACUUCACAUAAAUAUAUGAAUAUAUUUCUGAUAUUGGAGUGUUCCAGAAGAUGAUAAAGAAAUGAUAGCAGCUCCAGAAAUACCAACUGAUUUUAAUCUACUUCAGGAGUCAGAAACACAUUUUUCUUCUGACACAGAUUUUGAAGAUAUUGAAGGAAAAAACCAGAAACAAGGCAAAGGAAAGACUUGUAAAAAAGGCAAAAAGGGCCCAGGAGAAAAGGGCAAAAGUGGAAAUGGAGGAGGAAAGCCUCCUUCUGGGCCAAACCGAAUGAAUGGUCACCACCAACAGAAUGGAGUGGGAAACAUGAUGUUGUUUGAAGUUGUUAAAAUGGGCAAGAGUGCUAUGCAGUCGGUGGUAGAUGACUGGAUAGAAUCAUACAAGCAUGACCGAGAUAUAGCACUUCUUGACCUUAUCAACUUUUUUAUUCAGUGUUCAGGCUGUAAAGGAGUUGUCACAGCUGAAAUGUUUAGACAUAUGCAGAACUCUGAGAUAAUUCGAAAAAUGACUGAAGAAUUUGAUGAGGAUAGUGGCGAUUAUCCACUUACCAUGGCUGGUCCUCAGUGGAAGAAGUUCAAAUCGAGUUUUUGUGAAUUCAUUGGUGUACUAGUACGGCAAUGUCAGUAUAGUAUCAUAUAUGAUGAGUACAUGAUGGAUACAGUCAUUUCACUUCUUACAGGAUUAUCUGACUCACAAGUCAGAGCAUUUCGGCAUACAAGUACCCUGGCAGCUAUGAAGCUGAUGACAGCUUUGGUGAAUGUGGCACUAAAUCUUAGCAUUAAUAUGGAUAAUACACAAAGACAAUAUGAAGCAGAACGGAAUAAAAUGAUUGGAAAACGAGCCAAUGAGAGGCUAGAACUCCUGCUACAAAAACGGAAAGAGCUUCAGGAAAAUCAAGAUGAAAUUGAAAAUAUGAUGAAUGCAAUAUUUAAAGGAGUGUUUGUACAUAGAUACAGGGAUGCAAUAGCUGAGAUCCGUGCUAUAUGCAUUGAAGAGAUUGGCAUUUGGAUGAAGAUGUAUAGUGAUGCCUUUCUUAAUGACAGUUAUUUAAAAUAUGUUGGUUGGACUAUGCAUGAUAAGCAAGGUGAGGUAAGACUCAAAUGUCUUACUGCACUACAAGGGCUUUAUUAUAAUAAAGAGCUUAAUUCAAAACUGGAGCUAUUUACAAGUCGGUUCAAGGAUAGAAUUGUGUCUAUGACUCUUGACAAGGAAUAUGAUGUUGCUGUACAAGCAAUAAAAUUACUCACUCUUGUUUUACAGAGUAGUGAAGAAGUUCUUACUGCAGAAGAUUGUGAAAAUGUCUAUCAUCUGGUUUAUUCAGCUCACCGGCCAGUAGCAGUAGCAGCUGGGGAGUUUCUCUACAAAAAGCUCUUCAGUCGUAGAGAUCCAGAGGAUGAUGGGAUGAUGAAAAGAAGAGGAAGGCAAGGUCCAAAUGCCAAUCUUGUUAAGACAUUGGUCUUUUUCUUUCUGGAAAGUGAGCUACAUGAGCAUGCAGCCUAUCUUGUGGAUAGCAUGUGGGACUGUGCUACUGAGCUGCUAAAAGACUGGGAAUGUAUGAAUAGCUUAUUGCUAGAGGAGCCACUUAGUGGAGAGGAAGCAUUAACAGACAGACAAGAGAGUGCGCUGAUUGAAAUAAUGCUUUGUACUAUUAGACAAGCAGCUGAAUGUCAUCCUCCUGUGGGAAGAGGGACAGGAAAAAGGGUGCUCACAGCGAAGGAGAAGAAGACUCAGUUGGAUGACAGGACAAAAAUCACUGAACUUUUUGCUGUAGCUCUUCCUCAGUUAUUAGCAAAAUAUUCUAUAGAUGCAGAAAAGGUUACUAACUUGUUGCAGUUGCCUCAGUAUUUUGAUUUGGAAAUAUAUACCACUGGAAGAUUAGAAAAGCAUUUGGAUGCCUUACUGCGCCAGAUUCGAAAUAUUGUAGAGAAGCACACUGAUACAGAUGUUUUGGAAGCAUGUUCUAAAACGUACCAAGCACUCUGUAAUGAAGAGUUCACAAUCUUCAACCGAGUAGAUAUUUCAAGGAGUCAACUGAUUGAUGAAUUGGCAGAUAAAUUUAACCGUCUUCUUGAGGAUUUUCUACAAGAGGGUGAAGAACCUGAUGAAGAUGAUGCAUAUCAGGUGUUGUCUACAUUGAAGAGGAUCACUGCUUUUCACAAUGCUCAUGAUCUUUCAAAAUGGGAUUUGUUUCCUUGUAAUUACAAACUCUUGAAAACCGGAAUUGAAAAUGGAGAUAUGCCUGAGCAGAUUGUUAUUCAUGCACUGCAGUGUACUCACUAUGUAAUCCUUUGGCAGCUAGCGAAGAUAACUGAAAGCAGCUCUACAAAGGAGGACUUACUGCGUUUAAAAAAACAGAUGAGAGUGUUUUGUCAGAUAUGUCAGCAUUACUUGACCAACGUGAAUACUACUGUUAAAGAACAGGCCUUCACUAUUCUGUGUGAUAUGUUGAUGAUCUUCAGCCAUCAGAUCAUGUCAGGAGGGCGUGAUAUGUUAGAGCCAUUAGUUUACACACCUGAUUCUUCAUUGCAGUCUGAGUUGCUCAGUUUUAUUUUGGAUCAUGUCUUCAUUGAACAAGAUGACGAUAGUAAUAGUGCAGAUGGUCAGCAAGAGGAUGAAGCCAGUAAAAUUGAAGCUUUGCACAAGAGGAGAAAUUUACUCGCAGCAUUUUGUAAACUAAUUGUAUAUACUGUGGUGGAGAUGAAUACAGCUGCAGAUAUCUUCAAGCAGUAUAUGAAGUAUUACAAUGAUUAUGGAGAUAUAAUCAAAGAAACAAUGAGUAAAACGAGGCAGAUUGACAAAAUUCAGUGUGCUAAGACCCUUAUUCUCAGUUUGCAGCAGCUUUUUAAUGAAAUGAUACAAGAAAAUGGCUAUAAUUUUGAUAGAUCAUCUUCAACUUUUAGUGGCAUAAAAGAACUUGCUCGACGUUUUGCUUUAACUUUUGGGCUUGAUCAACUGAAAACAAGAGAAGCUAUUGCCAUGUUACACAAAGAUGGCAUAGAAUUUGCUUUUAAGGAGCCUAAUCCACAAGGGGAGAGUCAUCCGCCUUUAAAUUUGGCAUUUCUUGAUAUUCUCAGUGAAUUUUCUUCUAAACUUCUCCGCCAAGACAAAAGAACAGUGUAUGUUUACUUGGAAAAGUUCAUGACCUUUCAGAUGUCACUCCGAAGAGAAGAUGUGUGGCUUCCACUGAUGUCUUACCGAAAUUCUUUGCUAGCUGGUGGUGAUGAUGACACUAUGUCAGUUAUUAGUGGAAUCAGCAGUCGGGGGUCAACUGUAAGGAGUAAAAAAUCAAAACCAUCUACAGGAAAACGGAAAGUGGUUGAAGGCAUGCAACUUGCACUCCAUCUUCACUUUGUUUUAUAUUUCUCUAGUCGGCGUGGUACAAGUCUAAUGGAAGAUGACGAAGAGCCAAUUGUUGAAGAUGUUAUGAUGUCCUCAGAAGGAAGGAUUGAGGAUCUUAAUGAGGGAAUGGAUUUUGAUACAAUGGAUAUAGACUUGCCACCAUCAAAGAACAGAAGAGAACGAACAGAACUGAAGCCCGACUUCUUUGAUCCAGCCUCAAUUAUGGAUGAAUCAGUUCUUGGAGUGUCAAUGUUUUAAUACCAGUACACAAUUAAAUCUGUGGUGAAGUCAUUUUCUAAGUGGAAGAAGAAAUUUUAAAGUAAAGUGUGAAAUACAAUGAAAUCCUGUACAGAUUUUUCUCUAAGGAGAAUAUGAAAUGCUUAUGCUUACCAAGAUCAGAUUAAUUGAGAGGCAGUUUUGUUUGCCUGAAAAAGUAAAGGACAAGUAAACAAUUUGAUGAUAAGCUACAGUUUUUCUUAGAAAGUAAAUAUUUUAUUUAUGCGCUGUUAGUUGGCUUUGAAAUCAAUUUAUUUCAUGCUUUUUUACAAAACAUAACAAUCUGAAGAGGCAUUUGGUACAGAUAAGAAAUCUCUCAUUUAUUUACUGGUUGUAUUACGUAAUGAUGUCCUCUGCUGGAUUUCUGUUUACAUCCAAGAAUCAGAAGUUAAGGAUGGUUUAUUCCCUGACACUGAAAUUGUAGGAUAGAAUUGUUUUUAGCAUUCUAAAUUUAAAUGCUUAAAACACCAAUCAAAACUUUGUUUUAAAUAUUGUAAUUGUGGAGAAAAGUUAAACUUAUAAGCAGAACUUUUACAAUUUUUUCAUCUAAAAUGUAUUUUAAGAUAUUUUUAAAAUCCAAGAGCUUCUCUAUACUUUUCAGAAAUAUCCAGAUGCAGUGAACUGCCAGAAGGUAACCAGUCUCAAACAUAUGCUUAUCCCAUUAUCAACCCUGAAAGUUUGCUUGUCCUUUAAGAUAAAAAUGUAAUGUUGUGAUAUUCCUUCAAGUAGUGCCACUGUAUUUUGUCUCCAAAUAAAAGAAGCUUAUUGUAGUAUGUUUGCAGAAAAAUUCUAAACAAAAAUUAUACAGCUUAUUAGAGUGUGGGAAUAGGGAUCUAAAUUUUAAAUAAAAUUAUAUAUAUAUAUAAAUUGGUGCUGAUUUUAUAAUUGCGCAGUUUGUUUAGUUUUUUCUUACUUUUAAAUUCCAACUUAAAAUUAUGAGGUUUCAGAAAUAUAUUGAAAGUUUAACAAUGUUUAAAAAUAGAAAAGCAUGAAUGUUCAUGCUUUAAAAUGAUUUUUAAAUUUGUAUUUUAUAUUGUUUUAUCUAUCUGUCUUUGCAAGCAGUCUUCAGGUUAAAGAUACUUCUAACAGGUUACAGUACAUUUCCUCUGUAUGUAAAUUAGAUGGGAUAAUAGAAUUCAUAACCCAUAAUAUUCUUUGAAAGCUAAGCUUUAAACUUCAUUAUGUCCUUUCACAAAUUGAAUUAGUUUAAAACAGAAAGUGGCUACUUGCCAUUUUGACAUCAAACUCAUUUUGCGAGGCUUAGGCAGCUAGACAUCGUUUAAAACAAAAUAUUAACUUAUAUUACAUGUGUAUCUUUUGUCAGUCGUCUCUCAGUUCUUGAGGUAUAUUAUUUUAAUCAUUCCAUGCCUUAAUAUGCUUGCAAUAUAACAAUAUAUUCAGAUGAGUGAAACCAAAAGGCUUCCAGAUUUUAGAAUCAGAAAAUCAACAAGCAUUGGGCUGUGGUAGCCAAAAACCAUAGAUUAGCUAAAAGAUCAGGAUAAAAUACAAUUAUUAUAUUAAAUCCUGGUUAAUAACAAAUGAAACCAGACUUGUCUAACAGAUUUUCCAUCAACAAAUAUUGUUAUGUGCAAAAGUAUUGCAUAUGUUGUUUGACACACCACUGCAUUUACUAGAACUGCUGAGAGGACUGUAUAUAUGAUUUCAAACCUAAGUUGAUUUUUUUUCUCACUCUUGAAAGGAGUACUUCUUUGUGAAAGCAGUUCUUACAGCUUUGUUUUCAACCAGCUAAAAAUGUUUUAUAUAUUACUCUAACCUGUUGUCCUCCACAUUCUAUUGUCCUAAUUGUACUGUUUUCUGAUUUGUAUUUAUGUCUUGAGACAGUAACUUUUUGAAUAAAAAUAAACCUACAGUAUGUUGUA